AUGGAGGAUGUAGACAGGAAUACAGGACAGUGCUCUACAUGUACACCAGGUUGGUAUGGCACUAACUGUGAAACUAGAUGUUCUAGUAAUUGUACUGAAGAAUGUAAUAAAUCAACAGGUAGAUGUACAGAAUGUAAACCAGGAAUAUUUGGUGAUGAUUGUAAUAUACCAUGUCCUGGUAACUGUCUUGAUAUUUGUAACAGGGACGAUGGUAAAUGUAAUAGUUGUAAACCUAGUACAGUUGGUCUAUAUUGUAAUUAUACAUGUGGUGCUGAAUGCCUACCAAUUACGGAUGGAACUCAAGAAACAUGUGAUGGAGUUGGUAUAUGUACUGAAUGUAUUGUAGGAAGAUAUGGUGAUAGAUGUGAUCAGCACUGUAGUACAACAUGUGAUGGUAGAUGUAGUAGGAGUAAUGGUAGAUGUACUGAAUGUAUUGUAGGAAGAUAUGGUAAUGGGUGUGAUUUGAAUUGUAGUACAGCAUGUGAUGGUAGAUGUAGUAGGAGUAAUGGUAGAUGUACUGAAUGUAUUGUAGGAAGAUAUGGUGAUAGAUGUGAUCAGACCUGUAGUACAACAUGUGAUGGUAGAUGUGAUAGAACUAAUGGUAGAUGUAGUUUAUGUAUUAUCGGAUACAGUGGCGACACCUGUAAUAAAGAGUGUAAUGGUAAUUGUACUGUUUGUAAUCAAGAUGAUAUCAACAACUGUACUCAAUGUAAAGAUGGAAGAUGGGCAACAUCAUGUAAUAAACAGUGUAGUUCUAACUGUAAUGGACAGUGUGAUAAAUUUGAUGGGUCAUGUUUUAUUUGUAAACUAGGAUGGCAUAGUACUCACUGUAACACUAAAUGUUCCUGGGAUUGUACUGAUGGUUGUAAUAGAAUAUCAGGAAUAUGUACAGAUGGUAAAAUAAGAUGUUUCGAUAAGAAUAAAGAUAAAGGUAUGAGUCCAGUUGUAGGUGGUGUUAUUGGUGCUAUAUUUGGUAUAGUAAUUACAGCGAUAUUUGGUGUUACAGUACAUUGCUAUAUAAUUAAAAGGACACAGUCAUCUAAAUCAAAACCAUCCAGUGAAACACGUGGUUAAAGAUAUAAUAAUCACCCUGCUACAAAUACAUCAACAACAGGAGGAAAUAACUCUACAUCUGAUCAUAGUACUUAUGAUACUCUAUAUGAAGUUUCAACUCAACAAGAUGAAGCAGUAAAUCAAUAUCAAACAUUAAAUCCAGAUCCUGCAUAUGUAAACCUUGGUUUACAAUAAAACAACUGUUUAUGUAGGAGAAGUUGACUAUUAUGAUUUACAUGACCACAGACCCAACAUGGUCGUAUAAAAUAUAUGGAAUGUAAUGAUCAUAGACAGAUUUUAGUUUAAAUCUUUGAUUCCUUGUAAUGAGUGACAUCUGUCUGAACUAUGUAGAAUGAAACAUAAGUAGUGGAAAAUAUAUGGGCGGGGGCUCAUGGGUAAAAGGCGGGGGUGGGGAUGUGUGGUGACGGAUUUGAAGCAUUAUGUUCGGAAAUCAAUGUUGUCACAUUACUCCAAGUGUAUGUUACUCAAAAUUUCAGUUGUCAACCUCUAAAAAGUUUGGCACAACGACAUGACCGUUUGUUGCUCUGUCGUAUCAAAUCAAAAAGCGUUCAACCCAACCAAAAUUUGAGAAAAGUUGGAGCCGAACAAUGAGUACCAAAUGGUUUGCAUCCAAUUACAACUUAUGUCAAUGUCCUUCAAUCUUGAACUGUAACACAGUCGUGUAUUACACUGUUUGCACAACGGCACCGAAAAAAAAACAAUUAACACAACCCUUGUUUUCACGACACCAAAAUGAAUGGGUAGCAAUGUCCUUCAUCACGGAUACAUAGGUCACAAGCAUAGAUUACAAUUAAAGCCAUUCUCUCAAUCCCACUACUAUCCAGACUCGGGUGAGUCUGCUGAUAAAAUUUGCUGCAUCUUCUUCCACUAGGAAUCUAGCGGUUGUCUACAAAACGCUCAGAGCUCUGAUAGUUUUCUAGUCUUGGAUUUCGGUUUUUAAUUAUCUAAUUGCUCAAAUAUUACGUAAUUAAUUAUGAUGAUUGGUUAAUAUGCCUAAUGACGUCGGAAGCCACCCUUAUAUGGACAGUAGAAACCCUCCACCAGGAUUAAAUGUUUACCAAAUUA